AUGAAUAUUAUUGAUUGUCCAAGUGAUUCAUUACGUAUCUAUGAUAGUACAACAUUACUUAAUAAAGAUCCUAAACAACAAUGUGGUACACCUGCAUCUUUUACUUUUACAAGUUCAACAACAGAAAUAUCAAUGAUAUUUAUUAGUAAUUCAGUUGUUGAAUCAUCUGGAUUUCAAGCUACAAUUGCACUUCAUUUUCCAAUGAUUACUUCAUGUCCUCAAAAUCUUGGCUUUUUUCAAUGUAAAAAUAAGAAUUGUAUAUCAAAACAACUGCAAUGCGAUGGACGAAAUCAUUGUGGUGAUGGAACAGAUGAAAGCCUAUGUGACAUCUUUUUUGAUUAA